CCCGGAUGGUGGGACUGGGCCCAGGUUCCCACCGCAUCGUCCUCCUCAGCCAGAACCUUCUGGUCCCCGUCCCCGGAUAGAGACCCAGGAGGCCCAAGCCCUUUCUUCCGGCUUGGAGUGGGAGCCUCUCCACUCUCAGCAGCUCCAGACCCUUCGCAUCUCCGUUUACAGUUCACGAUUCAGCUGCAUUUUGGCGCUAACGCCCCGUUUCCCAGGACUGUCAAUGGCAGGAUACCAGCUCUGGUCACCAUGGACCCCACUGGAUGAGAGUUUCCAAUGGCUGCGGCACACGACACCUAUACCUUCCUCCAAGCACCCCUUCAGGGCCUCUCCCUGCUUCCCACACACACCAUCUGACCUUGAAGUGCAGCUGUGCUUUCAAGAGGUCACUCUAGUCCUAGACAGCCCAUUCCUGGAAUCUGGAGUGAGUCCCAAGUUACCCUGUCACACAUCAGAAUUGCGAACAAUGAACAACAAAGGACUGGUCAGGAAGCCCCAGCCCAUCCGCCUCAGUGGAGUAGAUUCUGUCUUUGGCAGGGUUAUCACAGCUCAGCCACCAAAAUGGACCGGGACUUUCAGAGUUUCAGACAAGUCAGCCUUUUGCAAAAUCAUUAGCAGGGAGCACCAGUGGCCCAUUGGACUGAAGGAGCCUCAGAUUCAGAUGACAGUGACUAUGUGCAAACAGAUGCUGCGCUCUAUCCUCUUGCUGUAUGCAACUUACAAAAAGUGCACCUUUGCCUUGCAGCACUCCAAGUAAAGGGUCCUCAUUUGAUCCCCAUUUCUUCACACCAUGCCCUUUGGCAUGUAACUGAAGCUUACAGAAACCUGUCCAUGUAAAUGAAACUGUGUCAUUGCCCCAGCCAUCUUGCUUUUGUUUCAAGCAGUGAUGAUUCAGGAGCCCCUUUCAUCCCUUCCCCUCCAAAAAGGACCAAUGAUAGAGAACAAGGAAAAACAUUCCCAUUGUAAGGUUGAACCAUUUAGAGUCAAACUAGCAUUGACAUGUACAUGUGAUAACCAUUAAACAAAUGAUAUAAACCAAUGAGCCUAGUGUGAACUCACAUAA